AUGGCGAAAGCCGUCGCAGCCCCGAAAUGUCCCGCUUGCAGCAAAAGCGUCUAUGCUGCGGAAGAGGUCAAAGCCCUCGACCAUUCCUGGCACCCGCUCUGCUUCUGCUGCAAAGCCUGCGGUAAAUCUUUGCGCGGAGGGAACUACAAGGACCACGACGGCAACCCAUAUUGCGAGGCCGACUACCACAAGCUCUUUGGUCCCAAGGGCAUUGGUUUCGGAAGCACGCUUUGCGACACGGGCAUUGCCACGGAGAAGCCGAGCGAAAAUGAUGAAGAAGAUGUCGAGCCCGUCUCGAUUCGAGAUCGUUUGGCUGCCUUCGAAAAGAAGGCGGUGCCUGCAGCUGUUGCAAGGGGAGCUACAAGUUCGGCACGGUUCCAGUCCUCUGCCCCCAAGUGUCCGGCCUGCAGCAAGAGCGUCUACGCAGCGGAGGAAAUCAAAGGUUUGGGCCGGUCAUGGCAUGUGCUUUGUUUUUGCUGCAAGGCCUGUGGUAAGAGCCUCCGCGGUGGACAGUACAAGGACCAUGAUGGCCAUCCGUACUGCGAUGCAGACUAUCGGAAGCUGUUUGGCCCCAAGGGCCUUGGCUUCGGCACGACUUUGGGGGACACCGGGGUAGCUGCGGAGCUGCCCGGCACGUGCACCCCGGUUUCAGAAACAGGCUACCCCGGUACUUUGAGGGAGAGACUGUCGGCGUUCGAAGGCCAAGCACCGCCUGCACAGGCCGAAGCUGUGCCGUCUGACGCCUCCUUGACCAAAGCCUCAAAGGUCUUUGUCGCGUCCUCUGCCCCCAAAUGCCCAGCUUGCAGCAAGAGCGUCUAUGCAGCGGAGGAGAUCAAAGGUCUAGGUCAGUCUUGGCAUGCCCUGUGCUUUUGCUGCAAGGCCUGUGGUAGGAGCUUGCGUGGCGGACAGUACAAAGACCACGAGGGGCAACCAUACUGCGAAGCGGACUACAACAAGCUUUUUGGUCCCAAGGGCAUUGGCUUCGGUACGACACUUGGGGAUACUGGAAUUGCUGUCCAUGCUGCGGCAGAAGCUCCUGCAGCGCCACAGCCAGAAGCAGAAUGUACAAGUGGUCUGAAGGAGAAGUCAUCUGUGUUCGAGGAGCAAGACAAACCGGCACGGACAGAUGCCGUCUCCGAAGCAGGAGAUGAGGGCACCGAUCAAGCGAGCACAUCUCUCGCCAGAACCGCCAAAUCAGCCCUCCAACCUAGUGCUCCGAAGUGCCCGGCAUGCAACAAGAGUGUCUAUGCGGCGGAACAGAUCAAGGGCUUAGGGAAGACUUGGCACGUGCUUUGCUUCUGCUGCAAAGCCUGUGGGAAGAGUCUUCGAGGUGGCCAGUACAAAGAUCACGAGGGUCAUCCAUAUUGUGAAGCGGACUACAGCAAACUUUACGGGCCCAAGGGGAUUGGCUUCGGAAGUACUUUGGCGGACACAGGGAUCGUUCGAGCUUGA